CGCCAUUUCCACUCGAAUUUUGUCCCGUCGUCGUACACAUACCAAAGUUCACGUCGAGCGAGUAGCUUGGGCCAACGGCCCAUCCUUCAAGGCGUAGCUACUCUGCCGCGUCUACUGCUAUCCUUGAGAACACACGUGAAGUCCAGACGUAUUCGCGUGGUGAGCAAGCAGGCUGCGCUCGUGUCGUCGUCACCACCCCAAUGCACUCGUACGAGCUAUCAGCAAGAGCACCUGCAUGACCUCUCGGUAGCGGCGCGGUGCCCAAAUACUACCAAAUUGACCUUGACCCAAUUUGGCAUCCAGAAUAUGGUCCACGGACACCCAAGGACUCCUUGCAGCGGUACCAGACGGUGAUGCGCGCGCGCCUCGGCCUCGCUGCGCGCCUUGCACAUGUGACGCCGGGCGAAGCAGUCGAUGGCGCGACGCCCACGAAGCAGGCAGCGAGUCCAAGGCUGUCCCUUGCCAUCCUCCACGGCAGCAUAUGUCCUUGAACUGCAAGUCCAGCCACCUGGCACGCCAUCACGCUGUGGAUUAUUUAGCGAAUCGUAUCGGCGGAGCCCGGCCCAACUUCAACCGACACAUCCCUUUCUACACCUCCUAAGUUCGUUUUCUCCUCUAAAGUACGCGACAGGCCGCCGUACUUUGCCGAAUCGUUUGAUAUAUGUAUUGCCGUGUUAAGUGCGGCGUACUUUGCCGUUGACAACCGCCACCCAGGCUGGGGUUGGGCCGUGGCGAGCUAGAUUCACUUCCCUUUCGUUCGCCGAAGCACCACCACCACACCAUGCUGUCCCGCGUCUCGAGCUUCGCCGCCAAGAAGCAGGUCCGCUCGUUCGCGGCCAAGGCCAGCGCCUUCAACUACCAGGACCCGCUGAACCUCGACAGCUGCCUCACGGACGAGGAGCGCCUCAUCCGCGACUCGGCCAACGCCUACUGCCAGCAAGAGCUCAUGCCCCGCAUCGUCAAGGCCAACCGCGACGGCACGUUUGAUAAGAAGAUCAUGAAGGAAAUGGGUGAGCUCGGUCUUCUUGGCCCAACCAUCAAGGGCUACGACUGCGCCGGCGUCGGCUACGUCUCGUACGGCCUCAUCGCCAACGCGGUCGAGCGCGUUGACUCGGCGUACCGCUCGGCCAUGAGCGUGCAGUCGUCGCUCGUCAUGUGGCCCAUCUACAAGUUUGGCUCGGAGGAGCAGAAGAAGAAGUACCUCCCGCAGCUGGCGGCCGGCGACCUCAUCGGUUGCUUUGGCCUCACGGAGCCCAACCACGGAUCGGACCCGAGCUCGAUGGAGACGCGCGCGCGCCUUGACGGCGACCACUACAUUCUCAACGGCGCCAAGAACUGGAUCACCAACUCGCCGAUCGCUGACGUCAUGGUCGUCUGGGCCAAGGACGACCACGGCGACAUCCGCGGCUUCAUCGUCGACCGCGACACCCCCGGUAUCUCGACGCCGUACAUUGAGGGCAAGGCCACGCUCCUCGCCUCGGCCACGGGCAUGAUUUUCUUGGAAGACGUCAAGAUCCCCAAGGGCAACAUGCUCCCGCACGUCAAGGGCCUCAAGGGUCCGUUCACGUGCCUCAACAGCGCGCGCUACGGUAUUGCGUGGGGCUCGCUCGGCGCGGCCACGUCGUGCUAUGAGAUCGCCCGCCAGUACACGCUGGACCGCAGCCAGUUUGGCGCGCCGCUCGCGGCCAACCAGCUCAUCCAGAAGAAGCUGGCGGACAUGCUCACGGAGAUCAACCUCGGUCUCUUUGCGUGCCUGCAGGUCGGCCGGCUCCAGGACGCGGGCCCCGUCUCGCCUGAGAUCAUCUCGAUCGUCAAGCGCAACUCGUGCGGCAAGUCGCUCGACAUUGCUCGCACGGCGCGCGACAUGCUCGGCGGCAACGGCGUCUCGGACGAGUACCACGUCGUCCGCCACUCGAUGAACCUUGAGGCCGUCAACACGUACGAAGGCACGCACGAUGUGCACGCGCUCAUCCUCGGCCGCGCCAUCACGGGCAUCCCGGCCUUCGUCCCGCGCAUGGCCCCGUAAACUCCUCGUUUCGAGAUAGACUAUCACCUGCGUACUACACUUCCUGUGGCUGUUUUUUCGAGUUGGUCGACAUUUACGAUACCACACUAUACCAACG